UCUUUCUUUCUCUCUCUCUCAAAAGUCAAAAGUGAAUAAGCCUUUACCAUUUAUUCAUAGAGCUUAUCCAAACACAGAGUUUUCUCCUAUGGAAUCUUCUCGAACUUGGAGAUACAGCGUCUUCCCAAGCUUCCAUGGGCAAGAUGUUCGUAAGACUUUUCUGUCCCAUUUACGCCGACAGUUUAACUCAAAAGGGAUUACGAUGUUUGAUGAUCAAGAUAUCGAGAGAAGCCAGACCAUAGCCCCUGCUCUCAUAGAAGCGAUUAAAGAAUCGAGGAUAUCUAUCGUGGUUCUCUCAAAGAACUAUGCUUCCUCAAGUUGGUGCUUGAAUGAAUUGGUGGAGAUAUUGAAGUGCAAAAAUUUAGUGAUGCCAAUCUUCUACCAAGUUGAUCCAUCCCAUGUUCGGAAACAGAUAGGAGAUUUUGGGAGGGCUUUCAAAAAAAGUUGUGCAAGUACCACAAAGGAGGAGAAGCAGAGAUGGAUUCAAGCUUUAAUCGAUGUGAGCAACAUAGCUGGAGAACACUUGCUAAACUGGGAAAAUGAAGCAUUUAUGAUUGAAAAGAUAGCCAAAGAUAUUUCAGAGAAACUAAACGCUACACCGUCUAGGGAUUUUGAUGGGAUGGUGGGACUUAAAGAUCACGUAAAGGAACUAAGAUCUCUGCUAGACCUAGACUGUGAUGAAGUGAUGAUGGUAGGAAUAUGUGGCCCUGCAGGAAUUGGUAAGACUACCAUUGCCCGGGCUUUACACAGCCAACUCUCAAGCAAUUUUCAGCUAAGUUGUUUUAUGAAGAAUAUUAGGGGAAGUCUAAAUCUUGGGCUUGACGAGUAUGGUCGGAAGUUGCGUUUACAAAAACGACUUCUUUCAAAGAUCCUGAACCAAAAGGGUAUGAAGAUAAAGCAUUUAGGCGCAAUAAGAGAUAGGUUACAUGACCAAAAAGUUCUUAUCGUUCUCGAUGAUGUGAAUGAUCUUGUACAGUUGUAUGCUUUGGCUGAUCAGACCACGUGGUUUGGUCCUGGAAGUAGGAUUAUCGUGACAACAGAAGACAAAGAUCUUUUGCAGCAACAUGGAAUAAACAAUGUCUACCAUGUGGAUUUUCCAUCUAGAGAAGCAGCUCUUGAGAUCUUUUGCAGAUGUGCUUUUAAACAAAGCUAUCCACCUGUUGGGCUUCUAAAGCUUGCAGCAAGUGUAACAGAGCUCUGUGGUAAUCUUCCACUGGGUCUUAGUGUCAUAGGUUCAUCUUUACUCGGAAAAAAUGAGGAUGAGUGGAAAGUUGUAAUGCAUAGACUAGAAACUAGUCUUGAUCAAGAUAUCGAGGCAGUACUUAGAGUCGGGUACGAGAGCUUACAUGUGGAAGACAAAGCUUUAUUUGUCCGCAUUGCAGUUUUCUUCAACUAUAAAGAACGUCAUCUUGUGACGGCCAUGCUUCUUGACUGUAACUUGGAUGUUGAAUAUGGGUUGAACACCCUCACCAAGAAAUCGCUCAUAAAUAUAUCUAGGAAUGAGCAAAUAGUGAUGCAUAAGCUACUACAACAAGUGGGUAGACAUGCCAUUCAAAGACAAGAACCUUGGAAUCGCGACAUCUUGAUAGAUGCUAAAGAGAUAUGCGACGUCCUUGAAAAUGAUAGAGGUACCCAAAUUGUGUCAGGGAUAUCAUUUGAUAUAUCCAUAAUUGGCACAGUGUCUUUAAGUCAGAUGCCUUUUAAAAGAAUGUGUAAUCUCCAAUUCCUCAGUGUCUUUAAGACAGGAUAUGAUGGAAAAGACAGAGUGCACAUACCAGAGAAUAUGGAGUUUCCACCUCGUCUAAGGUUACUACAGUGGAAGGCAUAUCCGGGGAAAAGUCUUUCUCCGAAAUUUAAUCUGGAAUAUCUUGUUGAACUUGAUAUGGAGUGUAGCCAGCUCGAGAAGCUAUGGCAAGGAACUCAGCCUCUAGCAAAUCUCAAGAAGAUGUCGUUGUUAAAUUCAUGGUAUCUAAAGGAACUUCCGGAUCUUUCAAAUGCUACAAAUCUCGAAUUAUUGGAUCUGAGAGCUUGCGAGAAUUUGGUAGAGCUCCCGUCCUCUUUUUCUAGUCUGCAUAAACUAAAGUAUUUGGAUAUGAGUGGAUGUAGAAGGCUACAAGUUGUUCCACUUCACAUCAACUUGAGAUGUCUCGAAUUGGUCAACAUGAAUGGGUGCUCACGGUUAAAAAGCUUUCCAGAUAUUUCUACAAACAUCACUUCAGUCGACAUAUCAUACACAGCUGUGGUAGAACUACCUGAAACAGUUAGAAGGUGGUCUCACCUUCGUAGUCUCCAAAUGUACAAAAGUAGAAACCUCAAGGCAGUAACACAUGUCCCCAUAAACCUAACAUAUCUAGACCUGAGCGAGACUGGAAUUGAGAAGAUUCCAGAUGACAUCAAAGCUGUUCAUGGGUUACAAUCUUUAUUUCUAAGUGGCUGCAGAAAACUCGCAUCACUGCCAGAGCUUCCUGGUUCGCUCACAUACCUAUCAGCAAACGAGUGUGAAUCACUUGAAAGCGUAUCUUGCUCUUUUGGGCAAAGCACUCCAUACGUUGAACUCUGUUUCACCAACUGCUUCAAACUAAACCAAGAAGCACGAAGAAGGAUUAUUCAACAAUCAUUUCCUUAUGGGUGGGCAUCCUUACCUGGAAGAGAGUUGCCCACUGAGAUAGAUCACCAAUCUACAGGAUCUUCCAUCACCAUUCCUCUGGAGGGAAAGAAUCCUUUCUCUGCCAUCUUAGGAUUUAAGGUCUUCCUCGUGAUUUCACCUAACUAUGAUGCUGAAGAAUCUAGAAAUUUCACCUUAUUCUGUCGUCGCAUAGGUGGCCCCAUUGAUGCAACACCUGUUUAUAUUAUCCCCAAACCUCGAGCGGAACAUCUGGUUAUGUUUCACUUUGACUUGCUUAACCAAGAGAAAUAUCUUGAAGUUGGUAACGAGAUACGGUUUGAAUUCAGCAACAUUUCCAACGCCUAUGAGAUUAUUGAGUGUGGUGUCCGAUUUUAUACAGAUGAAGAAGGUAGAAGCAGUGACGGGCGAAAUGAUUAUGAGAUAGACCAAGUGUAUGAAGAUGACUGGAGCUAUGAGAUUGGACCUGGUGAAGCGUCUGAAUACCCUGAGAACAAUGGAAAUAUCGAUAGACUAAUCUGUGACUCAGGGGAAGACAAUAUCGAAGGCAACAAACAUAUAGACUGUUGGAGUUGGCUCGUCCUCUGUUUUGAUGUCUCACAUAUCGUGACAACCAUUGGAAGUUUAGUUUGGGGAGGAAGCUGAGAUAGAAGCCAGAAGGGGAAUAACAUACGGGAGAAGUCGACCAAAUUUGCAAGUGAGGAAAGAUCUAAGUCACUUGUUGUGUUUUUGUCAAUCUGAUACGUGAUAAGCACGCGAUUGUGACGGACAUACGAAAUAUAGGUAUUUUAUGUGCUCAUUUUCAUUACUGUUGCGAUAAACUAUGACUCAAAUGUGUCGGAUGAUUUAGCGCAUGAUUUGAUUAUUGUUUCAUCUACAUGAUAUCAGAUAGGAUGUAGUUGGGGAGUGAAUGAUACUGUAAAAGCAGCUGCACUUUAUAUGUUUACAGUACUGUUUCUCAUGGAAUAAGCUUAUAUUGUCUGUCGUUCUGAGA